CGCAGCGCCAGCAGUCUUCCCCGUCCAGCGUCAAUUCAUACCCGCCAAGAUGGUUCUUCGCAUUCGUCUCGCCCGUUUCGGCAACAAGCACCAGCCUUUUUACAAUAUCGUCGUUGCGCAGGCUCGAUCCGCCCGCAGCAACAAACCCCUCGAAGUCAUCGGCACGUACGACCCCGUCCCCAAAACGAACAACAAUGUCCACGACGAGAACGCCUCGGCUCGCCCGGUCAAAGACGUGACGCUCGAUCAGUCGCGGACGAAAUACUGGCUUGGUGUGGGGGCGCAGCCCAGCGACAGUGUGUGGAAGUUACUGAGUCUGGGCGGGUUGAUGAAACCCAAGCAGAAGAACUGAACUUUUCCAUCUCCUUAGGUGUGGUGUUCGUCGUGGUGUGUUAGCUAUGGUGCGUUAUCUACGGGGUCAAACGAGAGAGCGCACCCUCUCAAAUGACCCUCUGAGCGGGUUUGAUUCUGGCAUUUGUCGAGGCGUUUACAGUGGGCUGUUAUAUUAUUGCUCUAUUUUCUUAUUUGGGAUCGCAGUACAGAAGAGCUCGCUACUUCUGACCUAUCCACCUAUCUACCUACCUGUACAUUACAAGGGUUUGUUAUAUUACAUUAUGACAUGAGAGAUUCCGCAUUUCCA